AUGCCCAUCACUAUCACGGCAAUGGGAUUAGCCACCAAGCUUUCGGUUCCAUUAUCCAGGACGCCCAUACCACCGAAACCGCCGCCUGCUCCGCCAAAGCGUGGUUGUCAUGCCGGGAACCGCGGUACCAACGAACGUCCCAGCCCAAAUCGCCCCAGCUCCAGCCCUGGAUCCAGACAUCGAGCUGCGCCAGAGACAACAACGUCGGCCCCGGAACUACGGCCCGGCAACUUGACGUUCAGCCAGAACACACAGCGCCCCGCUUCGCUACCCGGCCUAGCGCCGGAACAUGCGAGCCGCAACACGGUGAGAUUUGAAGAAAAAAAAGAAAACGUACUCGGCAGUCAAGGGUAUGGAACCGUGUUCAUAGGAACUUUCAAAGGAAAAGAAGUUGCUGUUAAAGUAACAGUGAAGGUGCAUUCAGAUGAUGAAAGAAACAAAGAACAGAAACGGGAAAUGGAGGAACAUCUCCAGUUGGAUCACGAAAAUGUUUUGAAACUUAUGCACGUCGAUGACUCACUGGAUAAAACGUACCUUAAGCUCGAAUUAUGUGCCUGGACACUCUAUGAUUAUUGCGUGAAGAAAUACGAGGGACCCAUGCCGCGAGACAUCAUAGUUUUAUAUCAAAUCGCCAAUGGAUUGCAUUACAUCCACUCACGAAAUUUAGUUCAUCGCGACGUCAAACCGACCAACAUUCUCAUCUCAAUGUCGACACCCGUCCAAAUCAAAUUGCCCGAUUUCGGAUAUGUCAAGAAAAUUAGUCCUCAGGGGACAUUUACACAGCAGAGUGGAUUGAAAGGGAUUCUGAAUUGGAUGACGCCCGAAAUUUUGGAGCUUAUGGACGACAUUAUCACUGAAUAUCCGCACGGAGAAAUCCAAAGCGACACAUUCGCUUCCGGCUGCGUCUUUUUCUACUUCCUGACAGGCGGUAAACAUCCCUUUGGCAGCAAUUCUUUUAGAAUUUCGAUGAACAUCUUAAGUAACAAUCCCAUAGAGUUUAACAAACACAUUCAAAGUAAAUAUUUUACUUGUAUUGCAUCAUGCUGA